GGCCCUCUCUCGCAAUCUCCGAAAUUACGCAGGCUGCCGCUCGCGUGCUUGUCUUUGCUUACCAAAGGCAACACGUUUCCUUCCUCGUUCACCGUCUUUUACCCCGCCCCGGGCAAUUGCCUCUCCCUCCUCUCUCAAAGCCAUCGAUUGAAGCCUUCUCUCUCUCUAAUAUUUGAAGCCCUAGGUCUCCUUUGAGUAAUCAAUUUUUCUUUAAAGAUGGAGCGGAUCAUUGGAGGGAAGUACAAGUUAGGGCGCAAGAUCGGCAGUGGAUCCUUCGGUGAGAUCUAUUUAGCUACUCACAUCGAAACUUUCGAGAUCGUCGCAGUCAAAGUCGAAAAUAACAAGACAAAACACCCGCAGUUACUUUAUGAGGCCAAGCUCUACAACAUUCUGAAUGGAGGAAGCGGUAUUGCGAAUAUAAAAUGGUGUGGUGUUGAUGCGGAAGAUAAUGUUCUUAUUCUCGACUUGCUUGGGCCAAGUCUUGAAGAUCUCUUUGUCUACUGUGGAAGAAAGUUCACUUUGAAAGCUGUUAUAAUGUUGGCGGAUCAAAUGAUUUCAAGAAUUGAAUACGUGCAUUCAAAAGGUUUCUUGCAUAGGGACAUCAAACCUGAUAACUUCCUCAUGGGUCUCGGUCGAAAAGCAAAUCAGGUCUACAUGAUUGAUUUUGGGCUUGCAAAAAGAUAUCGAGACUCCACCACCAAUCGCCACGUACCAUACAGAGAGAAUAAAAAUUUAACUGGCACUGCUCGCUAUGCAAGCUGCAACACUCAUCUUGGCAUUGAGCAAAGCCGUCGGGAUGAUUUGGAGUCACUUGGCUAUGUUCUCUUGUACUUUCUAAAAGGAAGUCUUCCAUGGCAGGGUGUAAAAGCGGCCACAAAAAAGCAGAAAUAUGAUAAGAUACGUGAAAAGAAGCUGUCAACUCCGAUUGAGGUUCUAUGCAAAUCUCAUCCGGUGGAAUUUGCCUCUUACUUCCACUACUGCCACUCUUUGACAUUUGAUCAACAGCCUGAUUAUGGCUUUUUGAAGCGCCUAUUCCGUGAGUUGUUUACUCAUCAAGGAUAUGACUUCGACUAUGUUUUUGACUGGACUGUCUUAAAAUAUCAGCAAAACCGAAGUUCUAAGCCUCAGACUCGACUUUCUCCAGCUCCAGGUGGGAUAAGACAUCGAGUGACACCGUUGAAUCUUGACAAGCAACAAGAUGAGGUGAAAGAAAACAUAGGACCAAGUAGCAUUAUGCGUCCUCCAGACCAGAUGCAGUUCAAACAUUCAGCUGAUAGGCAUUUGAAUUUUGAUAAUCAGUAUCUUGAAGAAAAGAGAGUAGGCAUAAAUGUGGACAAAGUCAACAAGGUAUCUGCAUCUUCAUCAUUUGCUCUUUCCAAUGCGCCAACCAAAAACAUUAUAGGCUCAAAACCAUCAGGAUCUACUGAUCCUUCACAUCUUGGUCAGGCUCUGCAAAGCAAUUUUGGUUCCUCAAGUACCUGGAUUCCUAUAUUAAGGAGAAAUGCAUCUGCAAAAUGAUUGGGUAGGGCUGAGGGAGCUGACUGAUACUAGAAGAAUGUAUUCCAGCACUCGUGGUGAGAUGUUUGCCCGCAUUGUUGCUUAAGCUAUUUCUGGAAAAAGGAUGCAUAGUUUGCCUCUAUUAAAGUCCAGGUCCCAGAUAGCCAUCUGAAUUAAAUUACCAGUAGGCACCUGAGAGUUUCAGCCUUUGAUAGAUAACAUUAAACUAGAGUUUGAGGUGCCAUGCUGCUCUGUGCUUAUGUGUGGAUUUUCAUUGGAUACUGUAUGUUGUUGCACAAUGAGAAAGCUGUGAAGAGGCGAUGCUUAUGGAGAUUCCAGUUUCAAAGCACAGAACACCGUUUGUGUACCAAGUAGCUUCACAUGGAGAGAAGGGCUCAUUUUUUUCAAUGUUGAAGAGCGACAGGUUUUUUACAUUGAUUGUUGAGCUGUCAUGCGUCAGAUUGAACGUCUUUCCUAAAGUUUCCUCCCUCUUUUGGUUUUACCAUUCAACGUUACAAUACCAAGUUUUCAGGAUCCAUUAACCAUUCACUGUUCUUGGAAUUUUGUGAUCAUCAAAGAGAUAAAAUAAUAGAAACGGUAGAUGGAAGCCUGGGAGGUUUAGUAGUCAGGGUAUUGAAGUAUUAUUAUUAUUAUUAUUAUUAUUAUGGCUAGAAAAGCAAACAGGAAGCACAUAAAAAUAGCUCAGCAAUCUUGUAGUUGCUGCUUUAUUUAUUUAUUUAUUUAUUAUCAGGAUUAGGCCUUUAAACCCUUUCGGAGAGAAGGGAGUAGGCCCUUAAACCCUUUCUAGAUGAGUCCAUUGACUCCAUUGAUCAAAUUUUCAGUUUGAGAUGCUCAUAGGCUAUUUUAGCAGGAACCGAAAUCAGCUGCAUGGCUGUAAUUCGAUGAAAAUAUGCCUAUAUUGAUCUGAAGAAUGUAAUUGGGAUCGUAUUUAUUCAGUUUUAACUGCUAGCUUCUUAAGGGCCUCAUUUAUGUAUAAAGAUGCUGAGUUUACUUCAACAGUCUUGAGCUUUUAGCUGCAUGAGUUCUUUGUCAAA